AUGGCUCGAAACAAGGAGGGUUUGAUUUUGGUGCUUGAUGUUGGCCCAUCGAUGCACGCUUUUCUGCCAGAAGUAGAAAAAGUUUGUUCUAUGCUCAUACAGAAGAAGCUGAUUUUCAGCAAGUUUGAUGAGGUGGGGGUCGUGGCAUUUGGUACUGCAGAUACUAAAAAUGACUUGACAGUGGAAGUGGGUGGAUAUGACAAUGUCAAGGUUUUGCGGGAUAUAAAGGUUGUUGAUGGAGACCUUGUGGAAGCUUUACAUUGUCUUCCUCGAGGAACUGUACAUGGAGACUUUCUUGAUGCAAUUGUGGUUGGGAUGGAUAUGAUGAUUAAAAAGUACGGGCCCACCAACAAGGGGAAAAAACGCUUAUGUCUCAUAACUGAUGCAGCUACCCCAACCAAAGAUCCAUUCGAGGGGACAAAAGAGGAUCAAGUGAAGACUGUUGCCCAGCAAAUGAGUACACAUGGCAUGAAGAUGGACUGUGUCAUUGUCAGAGCAAAACAAGGCUCGGGCAUCGAAAAGGAGGUCUUGGAUGAGAAUGAUUUCCUGCUGAGUAUAUUCUCCCACAAAUCUUCGAAAGUGUAUGUUGAGAGUGGAGUUUCACUAUUAGGUGCUCUUCGGACUCGUAAUAUAUCACCUGUAACUGUGUACAGAGGCGAUUUCGAACUGAGCCCUAACGUUAAGAUCAAGGUAUGGGUCUACAAGAAAACAUGUGAAGAGAAAUUCCCCACCUUCAAGAAGUAUUCAGAUAAAGCGCCUCCCACAGAUAAAUUUGCCACACAUGAAAUCAAGGUUGAUUACGAGUACAAAUGCAUUGACAAUCCUGGUAGAGUUAUACCACCCGAACAAAGGAUCAGAGGGUACCGAUAUGGUCCUCAGGUAAUCCCUAUAUCAUCUGCUGAGUUGGAUGCUGUCAAGUUCAAACCAGAGAAAGGCGUGAAGCUUCUAGGUUUUACAAAGGCUUCAAAUGUCAUGAGGCACUAUUACAUGAAAGAUGUCAACAUCUUCAUUGCUGAACCUGGAAAGACAAAGGCAAUUAAUGCGAUUUCUGCAUUAGCAAGAGCAAUGAAGGAAAUGAAUAAAGUAGCUAUUGUACGUUGUGUUUGGAGACAAGGGCAGACGAAUGUUGUCAUUGGGGUGCUAACUCCUAAUAUAUCCGAGAAAGAUAAUGUUCCGGAUUCAUUCUAUUUCAACAUACUUCCUUUUGCGGAGGAUGUGAGGGAGUUCCAGUUUCCAUCUCUUAGCAAUCUGCCUUCGUCAAUGCAGCCAAACGCACAACAGCAAGAGGCUGCAGAUAAGUUGGUCCAAAUGCUUGAUCUUGCUCCACCUGGCAGAGAGGAAGCCUUGCAACCCAAUCUCACACCAAAUCCUGUUCUAGAGCGUUAUUACCGCACACUCGAGCUGAAAUCUAAGGACCCACAUGCGGCAGUCCCUCCACUCGAUGAGACCCUCAGAAGAAUUACAGAACCUGACCCGGAACUUAUUUCUCAAAACGAAGCUGUGAUUAAUGAGUUCCGAAGGUGCUUUGAGGUCAAAGAGAAUCCAAAGCUGAAAAAAUCGUCACGAAGAGUAUUUAGAGAAAUACCUUCAGGGUCAAAUGAGGAGGGAGAGGGUACUGGUACCAGUGGCCAAGCCAUGGAUGCUAUUGAAUAUACAUCCGAAGUCAAAGUCGAGAAAAUUGGGGAUUCGAAUCCCAUUCAAGACUUUGAAGCCAUGAUUUCCCGAAGAGAUAGUCCACAGUGGGUUGGUAAAGCUAUUCAGAGCAUGAAAGAUAAGAUAUUUAAUCUUCUUGAGAAAACUUUUGAUGGAGAUAGCUAUCAGAAAGUGCUGGAAUAUAUAGUCGGUCUACGCAAGGGAUGCAUUCUGGAGCAGGAACCAAAACUGUUCAAUGAUUUCUUGCACCAACUACACAAGUUCGCCAGUGACAAUCAUCUUAAAAACUUUUCCGAAUAUUUGGCAUCGAAGGAAGUGAUGCUAAUAAGCAAGAAUGAAGCACCCGAGAGUGAUAUUCCGGAGAAUGAAGCAAGAAUAUUCAUGGUGAAAGAGGAACCGAAAUCUGAGGAGUCGUGA